AUGGCUGACGACGACGGAGUAAAUAAAAGUCGCCGCUUUUUCGUGGCGGUUCACGUCGGUGCCGGAUAUCACGCGGUGGCUAACGAGAAAGCUCUUAAAUCCGUCAUAAGACGUGCUUGCUUAGCCGCCUCCACCAUUCUUCGUCAGGAUUUUGGUGAGUGCAUAGAUGCUGUUUCAGCUGCAAUUCAAGUCUUGGAGGAUGAUCCGAGUACAAAUGCUGGUAGAGGCUCUAAUCUAACUGAAGAUGGUCAUGUGGAAUGUGAUGCUUGUGUUAUGGAUGGUGAUUCGGGUACGUUUGGAGGUGUUGGAGCUGUUCCAGGUGUUAGAAAUGCCAUCAAGAUUGCUGCUUUGUUGGUGAAGGAGCAGAUGAGUGGGUCAACUUUGUUAGGCCGUAUACCUCCUAUGUUGUUGGUUGGUGAAGGAGCUCGACGUUGGGCUAAGUCCAAAGGUGUUCUUUUGCCUGAAACUGUUGAAGAAGCUGAUCAGUGGCUGGUUACUGAGAGAGCAAGAAAUCAGUGGAGAAGGUUCAAGACCAUGCUUUCUGCUGAAGAACAGCUCAGCGAAACCGAGAAAGAAGAAACAUCAUGUGAGGAUAAGAUCAUGGACACUGUUGGUGUUAUUUGUGUUGACAGCCAAGGACACAUUGCUUGUGGAUCUUCAAGUGGUGGUAUUGCAAUGAAGAUUAGCGGUCGUCUAGGUUUAGCAGCAAUGUAUGGUUCUGGUUGUUGGGCAUCUUCUAAAGGACCAUUUGGAGCUCUUUUUCGAGUUGGUUGUUGCGUGUCUGGAGCGGGAGAGUAUCUUAUGAGAGGAUUUGCAGCUAGAGAAUGUUGUACUUCAUUGUCACUUUCACAGGCUGGUCCAGCAUCUGCCGCGAUGAAAGUUUUACGUUCUGUGAUGCAACAAGAAAUUGGAGUUGCUGACAAAACUGCUGGGAUUCUAGUGGUUCAGGCGGAUGCUUCUGUUGCGGUUCCUGGGAACACAUCAGAGCUGAAUGCUGUUGAGAUAGCUGCUGCUUACUCAUCGCUAUCUUUUGGCGUGGGAUACUAUGGGAACUCUAUAUCGAAGCCAAAGAUUUCGAUUCUCAGGAAGAAGGUACGGAAGAGUGAAGCUGGGACAAUAGAUCAUUUUGAAGCCAGGAUUGAUCUCCGCUCAUCAUGUUGCUGA